GAAGUGAAGACCGUGAAAACUGAAGAUGGCUACGAAAUCAGCGAAAAUGUAAAGUGGACAGUGUUAGCUGCAAUUUACUUUAAUUUCUGAUCGUUCAAUUCUUCAACGAUUCAUCUUUGAAUUGCAAAUCAAAAUGCCUAGACGAUGUUAUGAUCAGGACUUUUCUUCACAAAAUGAGCCACCUAGAAAGAGAAGUUCAACUGGAAUCUCAAAUAGUAUACAGUUAAAAGAAGGUGAAGUUGUUACUGAUAUAAGUAAUAAGAAUUGGAAACUUGGUAAACCUAUUGGAAUAGGUGGUUUUGGAGAAAUAUAUGAGGCAACAGACAUUAUCUCCACAAAAUCAAAGACUGAUAGUUCCUAUGUUGCAAAAAUAGAGCGACACUCAAAUGGCCCUCUAUUUGUAGAAAUAAACUGUUACCUAAGGAUUGGAAAAUCCACAACCAUUGAAGACUGGAAGAGAGAAAAACAUCAAAGGUUUCUUGGUAUGCCACACUAUGUUGCAUCUGGGUCUCACUAUUACAAUGGUGAAAAAUACCGCUUCCUUGUGCUGCCAAAGUAUAAACAAGAUUUAGAACAAGUUUUUCAAGAAAAAAAGCUUUUCAAUAUAAAAACUGUGUCACUUAUUUGUAUUCAAAUUCUUGAUGUACUGGAGUAUAUACAUAGCAAAGGCUAUGUUCAUUCUGAUAUAAAAGCUUCUAAUGUCAUGCUAGGAAAACCUACAGAACCUGUCACUUCUGAAUCAAGAACACGUAAAAUUCGAUGUCCAUCUAGGUUAAGGUAUACCCAUCCAUCAAAAAAAGGAAGUAGUCGAACUCCUAUAACUCCUAUAAAGCGUUCUAGAAGAAAUUUGAGGUCUAGUGGGACAGUGAAUUACAUAGAUGACAUUCCUUACUUGGAUGAAGUGUUAGAUAGACAUGAUGAAAAACACAGAACAGUGCUUCUUGAUAUACCCAGCAAUUCAGAAAUCAAAAAUGGUGACAAGAUGUCAGAUCAUGUGUAUUUGUUGGACUAUGGUCUGGCCUCCAAGUAUUUGUUGUCGAAUGGUGACCACAAAGAAUAUUGCACUGAUCAGAGAAGGGCCCAUGCUGGCACUGUUCUAUUUUGCUCUAGAGAUGCCCAUAAGGGGGUACCUUCAAGGAGGUCUGACUUGGAAACCUUGGCUUACAAUAUGUUGUAUUGGUUAACAGGAAGUUUACCUUGGAGUGACUAUUUGGAUCAGCCUCUUGAGGUGGAGAAGAAGAAAACUAGGUGUUUCAGGAAUCUGAACAGUUUUCUGGAAUUGUCUUUCCAAAGAAAUGAUUUCCCUAAUUUUGUGAAAGUGUAUUUUGAAUAUAUAAAUAGCUUACAGUUUGAGGAGACUCCUGACUAUGACUAUUGCAGGAAAAUAUUCGAAAACAAUAUAAAAUUGUAUGGUUAUAAAGAUGAUUCAGUACUAGAUUUUGACAAUUUAGAGGGUUGGGGAAGUAAACAGAAGAAAUCAAAGAAAAACAAUGGAAAAAUAAUCACUUGUGGCAGUUUCCUCAAAACCAGCCCACUCCUACCAAUAAACUCCAAUAUAAUGUUCAAACGUCCAAAACUGAGAAAAAAAGCUAAGAACAAUGAUACUCAAGAUAGCAUGAUGAAUUGGUCAAAGAUUCUGACUGACCCAGAGACCAUAAUCAAACAGGCUAGGGAGAGGAAAAAUACUGAGGGAAGUGAUCCUGGGACACCAAAUUCUAUGUGUUUGGACAUUGAAACUAUUGAAAGUAUGAAUCCUACUUAUGCAAUGCUGGAAGUGUUCAAUAAAUGUAAGGAGAGAGAAGGAUCUCCAAGGUAUAAAAAUGACAGUAUGGUAGCCGAUGUUAUCGAAGGUUACACGCCCGCCAUGAUGGCCGUUCACAAUAGAAUGACAGAGCGGCUGGAGCUGGAAUACGACAGCGAGAAGAGCGAUCACAAGAGCGAGGGCCGGCCUUCGGCGAAAAAGAGGCCCGGCCGGAAGACUCGGGCCAGGGCGUCCGAGUCUCCUCCGGUGCAGCGAACGGCUCGGGCGAAGUCUCAGCAAAAUGUGACGCGGAAGAAAGAUUCUCUUCUACAUUUACCUUUGAAAAAAGCGAAAAGUACCCCUCUUCGAAGGAAUUACAGGUUGAGGGGUUGAAGGGAGCAUUCCAAGUAAUGAAUUUGACUUUCUUAUUUCUAGUGUUAGCGCUAUAUAUUUAUUGAGACUGGUACAUAUAAAAUUGAAAUUUCCAUGUAGGUAAAUUUUUUUUUUGUUAACAGUUGUAUAGUCUUUAUUUGCUUUGUUGAAUCUUAUUUGACAAUUUAUUUGUUUGACUCCGAAAAGACUCCGAAUAAUAAUUAAAUAUUUCAAGUAUUUUC